CGCGUUUAAAUUCCUCUGGGAGUUCGGUUUUCAUUUCAAUAGGAAACAACAAAUACUUGGACGGCAAGGUCACCAUCUUAUCGUAUCCCAGGCCAAACUACACUCUGACUCUCCCCAACGGUGCUCCGAAUACUGACAUCAGUCUCAGUAUAUCCACCAUUACAACGAACAUCUACCGCAUCACACUGCGCAAGUCAAAUAUUCAGCCGAAGGAUCAUGGGACAUAUAAAAUGAUUGUUUCAAACGCAUACGGAACAAGAAUACUAGAUAUUAAUGUCCAUCCUGAAAGCAAACCUUUAAAAACAGAUCAAGUGUUUGUGUCUUGUGGAUACAGAAAAGCUCACGUAACUUGGCAGUCCUCUUACUUUGGUUUCGAGGUUCAAAAUUCAUUUGUUCAGUACUCGAGAAAUCCUGACAGUGUUGUUUUCUCCAACGGGUCGGGCCUCACUCUUGAACGGAAAGAAGAAGAACUCUUGCAUGUCCUAGUUUCCGGUCUACAAGACAACACUAAGUACUUCUUCAGAGUAGCCACCAGUAAUAGAUAUGGCGUCACUGUGUCAUCGGUUGUCAACUGCACCACGGAAACUUCAAACGAUCCGAGAAUCCAGAUUAAGACCAGCGGGGCAGCACUGAUUUUGUCAUCAAGGUUUUUGGGAUUCUUGGCUCUUGUUGUGAUUAGGUAG